UUUGGUUUGAUGCUUUUUUCUAACCGUGAGUACGAGCACACUGUGAACGAGAGGGCAUGUACGCGCUGUUUCCGCUUCCGUUGCUCAAAGGCCGUCGAGAUUUCGAUAGAGUUGUAAGGUGCUCCGUUGACUCGAUAGACUAUUGACUCGACGGCCUUCGAAACGGCCCGUGUGGCAGCUCGAACUUGACCUUUGAGUCAACUGACUAUCGGUUGGAAGGCCUUCCAAACGCCCGUGUGACACGGAAAGUUGUCCUAGAUAGUAUCCACAAUGAAGACCCCAGCUACACUGGUGAUGGCUACGUCAGCCUGGCUGUUAUUUAUGCUGUCUUCGCCAUCUCCAACUGGCUGGCGCCGUCGGUGAUCAGCUUUCUCGGCCCCAAGUACACAAUGCUCUUUGGUGCCGUCACAUAUAACAUAUUUGUACUCCAGUUCCUGUUUCCUGUAACUUGGGGCUUAUAUGCUGCGUCCGUUGCCAUCGGCGUGGGUGCUGCAAUGAUAUGGACAGGCCAAGGGAACUUUCUAACCAUCAACUCUGACAGCACCACCAUGUCCCGGAAUAGCGGCAUUUUCUGGGCCAUGCUGCAAUGCAGUCUCAUCUGGGGCAACAUAUUUGUCUACAUCCAAUUCCAAGGUCUCGACCAAAUCGACCGGCAUAGCCGCUUAACGGUCUACGGCGCUCUGACGGGCAUCGGCAUUCUCGGCAUGUUGCUUCUGCUGUUGCUCAGAGGUGGCGGAAUUCCUCAGCGCCAAAACAGCCAAACUGAAACGGAAGAAAGAAGCGGUCCCUCGUCACAAGUUGAUGUCAGACAGCUGAAUGUACAGUCAGGCUUCAUGGAUGCAUUGUGGCAGUCACUGAAGCUCAUGAAGACGAGCAAGAUGCUCAUACUCAGCGUUGCAUUCUUUUAUACGGGACUGGAGCUGUCGUUCUUCAGCGGCGUUUAUGGUUCGUGCCUCGGCUUCACAAAAAGCUUUGGCAAGGACUCUUCCAAGUUCCUUGGCAUCAACGGUCUUCUCAUUGGUGCUGGAGAAAUCACAGGUGGGCUCCUCUUCAGCAUCCUGGGCAAGCAGACAAAUAAGGCUGGCAGGGACCCCAUCAUUCUUCUUGGUUACAUCGUGCACAUUGCUGCCUUCUACACCAUUUUUGUAAACCUGCCAGCAAACUCACCGCUGGGACCCACUUCAGACCCUGCCUACAUCACGAGCAAUCUCUACCUUGCCUUCGUGGGCAGCUUCUUGCUUGGAUUUGGUGACAGCUGCUACAAUACCCAGAUCUAUUCUAUACUUGGAUUCGUCUACUCAGAUAACAGUGCACCAGCAUUUGCCAUUUUCAAGUUCAUCCAGGCGGUAGCUGCCGCAGUCGCCUUCUUCUACUCCAACUACCUGCUGCUGCCGUACCAGCUGCUAAUCCUGGUGGUGUCGGCAACGCUGGGCACACUUUGUUUCUGGAUCAUAGAGUGGCAGACGUUUGUCGACUCCCAACGCCACAAAGGCCACGCUGUCUCUGACAACAGUAGCUCUGACGAGCCCUGCAGCAGUGAGGAUGAAAUGUGCACAUUAAUGCACUGACAUGAAGAAGCAUAGCUGACUCACAGUGUGGAGAAGCUGUGAAGAACCAAUCAGUUCACAUUCCUCAUCCACUUCAGAAGACCCAGUACCAAGGUGCACCCCUGAGCAAUGCAUCAUUUGGAAGCCAUGAUGACCGAUGCCGUUGGAUCGGUGUCGUGUAGUACUUGAACGUUAUUGCAUCUAUAGCACUGACACUGUUGCGCAUCUUUUUAUCUCGCGUACAUACCAGUUUGUGAUACUAUCAGGCCGAACGCAAUGGACACAACUCUAGAUGGUCAACUGCGAAGUGGUUGCGUCAAAGAGUGCAAGUCUGGUGCCAUGGACUUUUCGUUUUUAUAUGAGAGAGUGACCGUAUUACCUUUCUUCCCACACACUUCCAUGUUGUUAGGUGGACUUUUAUGAGUCUCUAUUUUUAGCAUGUUCUUGUUAAACAAGAUAUUUUUCGCAACUGCUCAGGCAAACUGUUAAAACUUGUAGUUGUUUAUUGUGCAGUUGUCACGUGUAGUACAAAGGGAAUGAUUAUAUAUAUAUAUAUACAAUGAAAAUAUUUUUAUUCAGCAUUCCUGUUAAAAAUGUGUCUUAGAGAAUAACAUCUGUAAAUACUGUAUUUUUUCACUUCUUUGCAUGUACAAAAGUGCGAAAAAAAAAUAAACAUGACUUUGGUCCUUUUGCCUCUCA